AUGUUAAAUUUUUUCGUUUUAUUCUCAUUUUGUCUAAUAUCAAUUAAUGGUCAUGGUUAUUUAUUUGAACCAGUUGCACGUAGUUCAGCUUGGCUUGUUGAUCCAUCAUUUAAAAAAUGUUGUACUUAUUCUGGUCAUAUGGAAAUGUUUUGUGGUGGUGUUGGACAUCAAUGGAAUGCAAAUGGAGGUAAAUGUGGUAUCUGUGGUGAACCAUAUGAUAGAGCAGUUAAAUUAUUUGAAAAAGGUGGAACUAUGUAUACAGGUAAAAUUGUCCAGACAUAUAUUCAAGGAGAACAAAUCGAUGUCAAAGUCAAAUUAUCAGCAAAUCAUCAAGGUUAUUUUGAAUUUCGUUUAUGUAAUGUGGAUAGUAAUCCAAAUUCAGAUGCAACACAAGAAUGUCUUGAUCGUCGACUAUUAAAAAUUGCUGGAACAGAUUCAACAAAAUAUCGUGAUAUUACUAAACAUGGUUCUGAAAUGAUUACUGUUCGUGUUCAACUUCCAUCAGAUGUUGUUUGUCAACAUUGUGUUUUUCAAUGGAAAUAUACCACAGGAAAUAAUUGGGGUCGAGAUCCUACUACUAAUAAAUCAGGUCCUGGUUUAGGAAGAGAAAAUGAAACAUUUAUGGGUUGUUCUGAUAUAACUAUUUUGGCCACUAGUCCAACGACUACUCUUCCAACACUUGUAAUUAGUCCUACAACCACUAUAACAACAACAACCAAAUUAAUAUCACGAUCGACAAAAUAUUGGUCAAUAUCAUUACCAAAGCAUUGGUCAGCAUUACUAACAUUUAUUUCAUCAUUACCAACAACAACAACAACAACAACAACAACAACAACGACGACGAUGACAACCAAGACUACUGCUAGUUUAUCCGCAUGGUCACCAUUAUUAGUUGCUUAUCAAAGAGGUGAUGAUGUCAUGUAUAAUGGUAUGAAAUAUCGAUGUGUUACUUCUCAUCGAUCAUAUGCAGGUGCUGAGCCAAGUCCUCUUACUUGGGCUUUAUGGCGAAAAAUUGAAUAA